AUGAAGAUCAAGAUCUCGGCGUCGGCGUUGGUGCUGGCUUCCCUCUCGCUCGUUUCGGCUGACAGCGGAACGUGUGCCCCGCCCGCCGCAAACGCCACCCAGGCCGUGCCUGUCCCCCAGUCCUUCCCCGUGCCCACCUACUCGCAGGCUCCGCUCGCAGGAUGCUACUGCACCUGCACCACCGUGCCUUGGGGCGGCGCUCCUAACUGGGGCAACGGCGGCGGCAACGGCGCUGGAUCCGGCUGGGGCGGUUCCGGUUCGGGUUCCGGCUCCGGCUCCGGCUCUGGUUCGGGCUCGGGUUCGGGUUCCGGCUCGGGCGGUAAGGGCGGCGACUCUGGCUCCGGCUCCGGGGGCUCGCACGGUGGCAGCACUGGUGGCUCCAACGGCGGCUCGAACGGUGGCUCGAACGGUGGCUCCAACGGUGGCUUCAACGGCGGCUCCAACGGCGGCUCCAACGGCGGCUCCAACGGUGGCAGCACUGGUGGCUCCAACGGCGGCUCGAACGGUGGCUCGAACGGUGGCUCCAACGGUGGCUUCAACGGCGGCUCCAACGGCGGCUCCAACGGCGGCUCCAACGGUGGUUCGAACGGCGGCCAUGAUGGAGGUAGCAACGGCGGCUCGAAUGGUGGCUCCAACGGCGGUUCCAACGGCGGCUCCAAUGGCGGSUCGAACGGUGGCUCCAACGGCGGUUCCAACGGCGGCUCCAAUGGCGGCUCGAACGGUGGCUCCAACGGCGGUUCCAACGGAGGUUCCAACGGUGGUAGCAACGGCGGUUCCAACGGUGGCGGAUCCAACGGCGGUGGCUCCAACGGCGGAAACAACGGCGGAGGCAACACCGGCGGCGGUAACGGAGGCGGCAAUGGCGGUGGCAACACCGGCGGCGGUAACGGAGGCAACAACGGCAACGGCAACUCCGGAACCGGCAACGGCGUUGGCAACGGCAACGGCAACCUCGGGUCGAACAACGGCAACAACAACGGAAACAACAACUCCGGUUCGCUCGACGGUUCGCUCAACGGCAACGGCAACCUCGGUUCCAACAACGGCAACAACAAUGGCAACAACAACUCUGGCAGCCUCGACGGCACGGGCAACGGCAACCUGAACGCCGGCUCGAACAACGGCAACAAUAACGGCAACAACAACUCUGGAAGCCUGGACGGUUCGCUCAAUGGCAACGGUAACCUUGGCUCGAACAACGGUAACGGCAACGGCAACAACAACUCGGGCAGCCUUGAUGGUACCGGCAACGGCAACCUGAAUGCCGGAUCGAACAACGGCAACCAGAAUGGCAACAACAACUCGGGCUCGGGCAACGGCGACCUCGACGGCAACGCCAACCUGGGUUCCAACAACGGCAACCAGAACGGCAACAACAACUCGGGUUCGGGCAACGGCAUUGUUGACGGCAACCUCAACGCCGGCUCCAACAACGGCAACCAGAAUGGCAACGGCAACAGCGGUUCGCUCAACGGUGUCGCCGACGGCAACGCCAACCUCGGCUCCAACAAUGGAAACCAGAACGGCAACAGCAACUCGGGCUCGGCCAACGGUGUUGCCGAUGGCAACGCCAACCUUGGCUCCGGUAACGGCGACCAGAAUGGCAACAACAACUCGGGCUCGGCCAACGGUGUUGCGGAUGGCAACCUCAACGCUGGAUCCAACAACGGCGACAAGAACGGCAACGGUAACAGCGGCUCGCUCAACGGUGUUGCUGACGGUAACGCCAACCUCGGCUCGAACAACGGAAACCAGAACGGUAACGCCAAUGCCGGCUCUGCCAACGGUGUCGCUGACGGUAACGCCAACCUGGGUUCGGGCAACGGUGACAACAACGGCAACAACAACCCUGGCUCUGCCAACGGUGUCGCUGACGGUAACGCCAACCUGGGCUCGAACAACGGCGACAACAAUGGCAACUCCAACACCGGUGCUGCCAACGGUGUCGCUGACGGCAACCUGAACGCUGGCUCGGGCAACGGUGACAACAACGGUAACCAGAACUCGGGUGCUCUCAACGGUGUUGGAGACGGAAACGCCAACCUUGCCUCGGGUGCGGGUAGCAACAACGGCAACAACAACUCGGGCUCGGGUAACGGCAUCCUUAACGGCAACCUGAACCUUGGUGGCGGCCAGAUUGGCUCCAACAACGGCAACGGCAAUGCUGGGUCGGGUAACGGUUCUGCGGAUGGAAACGGCAACCUCUCGCUGGGCAACAACCAGGUUGGAAGCAACAACGGCAAUGGCUCGAGUGGAAGUGGACAGGGAACGGGCAACGGCAAUGCGAACCUGAUCCUUGGCAGUGGCAACUCGGUGGGAAGUGGCAACUCGGGCUCGGGCAACGGCAACGGCAACAUCAUCAUCGGUAACGGCCAGUCCGUCGGCUCCAACCAGAGCGGCAGUGGACACGGAAACGGAAACGUCAUCGUCGGCACGGGCCUCGGACUCGACCUGGGUCUCCCCGGAACCGGUGACAACUUCCACAUCAAGCUGCGAAGGGGCGCCACGCCCAUCGGCGCCGCUAGGAGGUGGAACACCAUCCGCGCCUAA